AUGGCCUUCAGCACGACGUCUGGGCACUACAAGUACUUGGUGAUGCCUUAUGGACUAGCCAAUGCCCCAUCAGUGUUUCAGGCAUUCGUAAACGAGGUGUUCCGGGACAUGAUCGGGCGCCAGGGGGUCGUGUAUGGAGGGCGCCAAGGAGCCAUUCCUCAUCCUCACCGACCAUCAGAACCUGGAGUACAUACAGACGGCGAGGCGGCUGAACCCACACCAAGCAAGUUCAAUGGGCAGCUGGAGAGGAUCAACCAGGAGCUGGAGAGGUUCCUUAGGAGUCACUACCAGGACCGACAGGGGGAGUGGGCCCGUUUCCUUCCCUGGACGGAGCCAGUGGUUCCUGGACCUCUGGCUAAUGCAGUCCCCCGCGACACCACUCCACCUCCCCUGGACAUCGAGGGGACACCCGCCUAUGCCGUUAGGUCCCUCCUGGACUCACGACAUCCCCCCAAACUGAUGUUGGACUGCUCAGUGGACUUGCUUUUCCUCUUAGAGGGCUCUACCACUCUCAACCUGGAGGAGUUCCUGCGCCUCAAGACCUUCCUCAAGCGCUUCUUGCAAGCUGUCAUGGGUCCCGACACCCCCGCUAAACUGGGACUGGCCGUGUAUGACGGGGAGGCUCGCGUGGAGGCCCAGGUGGGCAAGUUCCAAGGGGAUAUUAAGGAUCUCCUUAAAGCCGUUUAGGGGCUUAAGUCCCCGGGUGGGUCGAGGCGAACGGGCAACGCGUUACUCUAUGUGACGCACCACGGCUUCCUGAGCGCGCCAGUGUUCGCUGAUGUCCAGGACGACCUCCCCCACGUGGUAGUACUGCUCACAGCCAGCCCCACCACAGACGAGGUGGUUGAGCCUGCCAAGUAUGCACAGGAACGGUAAAUCUUCCUCAUAGGGGUAGGGCCAGAUAUGCUCAAAGGACAGCUGAACAACAUAACAGGGAACCCCCAACGCAUGCUCACCUACCCCUCCCUAGUUAGAUUCAACGCCAAAAUCCCAGAGCUCAGGGCCAAGAUCUGCAGCGUGGACAGUCAAGGUUGCCUGAGUCAGGCGAUGGACCUGGUCAUUGCACUGGACGGAUCGGCGGGCAUGGGCAACAACAACUUCACCAACCUCAGGGACUUUGUCCGCAGCGUCAGUGUACAGUUCGACAUCAACCACGACAUGGCCCGGAUGGGCCUGGUAGUUUACGGCCGUCAGCCAGUCACCGUCUUUUACCUCGACACCCACGAUUCGGGCUCGGCCGUGCUCUAGGCCGUUGCCGAAGCAACCUACGUGAGCAGCUCCAGCUCUACGGGCUCUGCACUCCUCCACAUCCAUUCCAAGGUGUUGACGGUCAAAAAGGGGGCGCAGCCAGGGGUCAACAAGGCCAUCGUUGUGGUUACGGACGGCGCUGGAAGGGACGACGCAGCGGUGCCUGCCCAGAAGAUCCGGGACAACGGCGUGUCUGUGUUUGUCAUUGCGAUCAGGGACAUGCAAAGGGAGAGGCUGCUGCGCAUUUUCAGGACGGAGGACCACAUGAUUUCGGUGCUGUCUUACGAGGACCUGAAGUACUUUGAGGAUGUGCUGAUGCAGAUGGCGUGCUCAGAGGUGAAGAAGCCAGUAAACCUGUGUAAGCCCAACCCCUUUAUGAAUGACGGGACCUGCAUCCUAUCAGGCGGGAGCUUCCGCUGUCAAUGCCGAGGCUACGAGGGCCCACACUGCAAGACACGGAGUAGCAGGGCUUCAUCUAGGGGAGAUCUCCCCAGGCCUUCAGGACUCAAGAAGAAGAACAGGUAGAAAAAUAGCCACCAAGAGCUACUGCGACUCUACAAAGUACACCACAAAAGACACACAGCCAGGGUAGCCUAACACACACACACAGACACACACGAACACACACACAAAGGGAAGCAUUAUAGAGAGGGCACAUGCACAUUUUCAGAUUCAAAGUCACUCAAUAUCAUAUUCCUAACAGA